AUGCCAGUAUCCAACAGUACGUUGUCCAAGCGUCGACGCUUCCAGCCUGCCAUCACCAGCUAUUUCAACUCGGUGCCUGGUGAGCCUCACUUGCAGAAUGGCAACAUUGUAUCACACAACCACUAUGCGGCUGCCACCUAUUCGCCGACGCCCAUGGUGCCUGCCAAGGUGCAAUCGUCCCUUAUGUCCGUCGGCAUGCGAGUGCGCAAGUCUGUUGCGGAUGGAUACAAAACCCAAUUGGCAAUGAAGGCCGACAAGACGAUGCCACCUGCCACCGCCACUGAACCCACUUCCGUUCACCCUUUUUUCGGCAACAAUGCCUACACCGAAUUGGCACCCUUUUCCGGCCUCCCCAAAUCCUCCCAAGAAUACUCGGCCGACCAUGUGAUCAACGACGACGGAGAUGCCUUCUCUCUCCCGCCAAGCAGCCAAGAGUCUGUUGGUUCCUGUGUUCCUUUUGGCCAAAAGCGAUCAUUUGAACAUGACAUCUUUGUCGACGACGACGCCUCUGAAGACGGUUUCAACGGACCCUCGCAAGAUGCCCCCCCUCGGGCGUCGCAUUCUCUCCCCGAGUCUGGGGCAGCGGCGACGAAUUCUUGCUCUGCGCAGCUCAAUGAGCCAACCCACUUUGGACCUUGA